AUGUCUGAUUCAGUGGAUGACGUGCCCUGCAUGAACUUUGAAGCCAACAUAUUUGCAAAGAGCCUGUGUCAGCACUGUUUCCGAACUGCAGGGGCUCACCAGCAUGCUAUUGAGGAGCAUGCUGUGGAGGUCACAGGGCGUGAUGCCUGCAGCAACCCAGAUCCAGGAGAGCCCUGGGACGCCCUCCAUAUUUUAGCCCCACAGUGCGAGGUGUACGUGUGCGUGGGCCCAGUGGAGGGCACAGAGCGCUGGCACGAGAGCAGGCGAUAUCCCCCACUCAGCCCCGGAGCUGAGGGUGAGCACAGAGAAACUGGCACCGACCCUAGCACCUGUGCUGAUGCCAACUCCACGCUUGCCAGGGAAGGGGAAAUGACCCGGUUGUGGGACAACACUUUGGGAUCAGGCAAACGGGACAUGAUGAGCUACAUGGGCCAUAAGGAGGAGGUGCGGUCGCGAGCCCCUCAGGCAGACAGACCCAGCUCUCCUCCGAAGACCUGCUUUGCCGUGGACGUGGUGGCAUCCCGUGUCGCUCAUGCCUCCCCCAGUAACGGCCUUCUCCCCGUCCCAGAGCACCGUCCUGCCAGCCAGAAACGUGAGGAAAUCUGGCCGAAACACCGGAAAACUGACCCUCCCUGGGCAUCUACCCUGCCGCAUGCCCCAGCAGGCUCCCCAUCGGCCCGCAACAACCCCUUUGGUGGCAGUGGGCACCCUGCUGGGUCUCGGGUGCGGGAGUCCCGUGGGCACCCCAGCAGUGGGGGCACAGAGGGACGGCACGGGCUGGAGAGGCAGGAGUACACAGUGCUGGCAGACCUGCCCAAGCCCAAGCGCCUCGCGCAGCGGGAUGCUGUUGACCGCUACGGUUCCCGGACACUCAGCCCUGGCCGAGUGGAGGUGGAGAGGAUAUUUGGCUGCGAACGCAGGAAAUCAGAGACGCUGGAGGCCUUCCAAGCUCUGGAGGAGGGCCGUGUGGACCGGCUCGAUGGCAAGACACCAGUGCCACUCAGCAAAGGCCACCUAGUUCGGAGGCAGUCCAGCCCCAGCCUGCCCAGGGAGCCCCAGCUGGGUGGAAGCACCUUCCCACUGCAAAGCAGCACCAGCUCCUCAGGAAGCCCGCAGCCACAUUUGAAUGCCAGUAAGAAGCACAAGCCGGAUCUCCUCAAUUUCAAGAAGGGAUGGAUGUCCAUCCUGGAUGAGCCAGGAGAGUGGAAGAAACAUUGGUUCGUGCUGACCGACUCGAGCUUGAGGUAUUACCGGGACUCGAACGCAGAGGAGGCUGAUGACCUUGACGGAGAAAUUGACCUCCGCUCCUGCACGGAUGUGACAGAGUUUGCAGUGCAACGCAACUAUGGCUUCCAGAUACACACAAAGGAUGCCGUCUUCACCCUGUCAGCGAUGACCUCGGGCAUCCGGCGCAACUGGAUCGAGGCCCUGAGGAAGAAUGUGCGCCCAGUCAGUGCUCCAGAUGUCACCAAGCUCUCUGACUGCGAUAAGGAGAACUCCUUCCGUAACUGUGUUCCCCAGAAAGGCUCACUCCGGAUGGAGGAGCAGCAGCGGCCAGGCUCGGGCUCGGGCUCCGAGGGGAACUCGAAGGGCAGUCACUGGAAGGCAGAUGGGCAGCGCCAUGCCUUUGAUUAUGUGGAGCUGUCUCCCUUGCCACAGGACCCCGGGAAUCAGGGGUCCUCACAGAGGACAAAAGGGAGCUUGAGGAUCUCCGACCGAACUCCCAAGUAUGAGGAGCUGGAGCGGGAUCUGGCCAUCCGUUCGGAGGAGAGGCGGAAAUGGUUUGAGACCCCUGAUGGCAGGGUCACAAACAGCGAUGGCCCAGCAGGGGACUCUUCCCGCAAGGUCGGGGAGCAGGACCUCCCCCCUCCACCACUUUCAGAGGAACAGCGGAUUCAUCUGAACGAGGAGAUAGAGAAGAAGUGGCUGGAGCUGGAACGCCUGCCUUUGAAGGACUUGCAGCGAGUGCCCUUGACAGCACUGCUGAACCAGAGCAAGGGGGGCCAUGGAGACACCAACGAGGCACUGAAAAAGGAGAUCCAGUCACUGCGGGCACAGCUGGAGUCCUGCCGGGCCAGAAAUGAGAGUCUUCGAGAGGCAGCAACAUCCCAGGGAGACAGCCAUGUGCCCCGAGGGUACAUCUCACAGGAGGCCUGUGAGCGUAGCCUGGCUGAGAUGGAGUCAUCCCACAAGCAAGUGAUGGAGGAGCUCCAGAGGCACCACCAGCGGGAGCUGGAGCGACUGCGGCAGGAGAAGGAGCGGCUUCUGGCAGAGGAGGCAGCGGCGACAGCAGCAGCCAUCGAAGCACUGAAGAAAGCCCACAGGGAGGAAAUGAAUAAGGAGCUAGGCAGGACACGAAGCUUCCAGCAAUGCAGCUCUCUCCCAGAAGCCCUCCAGAAGCAGCACCAGUUGGACGUGGAUUCCCUGAAGCGGGAGCUGCAGGUGCUUUCUGAGCAGUAUUCCCAGAAGUGCCUGGAAAUUGGGGAACUCACCCAGAAGGCAGAGGAGCGGGAGCAGAUACUGCAGCGCUGUCAGCAGGAGGGGAAGGACCUCCUCCGGAAAAAUCAGGAGCUGCAGACCCGCCUCUCGGAUGAGAUCGGGAAGCUGCGGAGCUUUAUUUCGUCACGGAGCUCUGGGGACCGCUCUUCGCACAACAAUGAGCGGAGUUCCUGCGAGCUGGAGGUGCUGCUGCGAGUGAAGGAGAACGAGCUCCAGUACCUAAAGAAAGAGGUGCAGUGCCUCCGGGAGGAGCUGCAGAUGAUGCAAAAGGACAAGAGAUUUGCCUCAGGGAAAUACCAAGAUGUCUAUGCAGAGCUGAAUCACAUCAAGGUGCGCUCAGAGCGAGAGAUCGAGCAGCUGAAGGAGCACCUGCGCCUGGCCAUGGCGGCUCUGCAGGAGAAGGAGUCGCUGUGCAACAGCGUCGGCAAGUAACGGUCUGCUCUACGUUUGUUAUCUGUUCUAGUUUUGUAUUUGCUCCAUUCCUCACUUGUGGGGAGAGGGAGGUUGAAUCCCAUCCGUUAUCGCCUUGGCAAGGAAUCCCACACACCCCCAACCUCCUCACUCCCUUCCCAAAGCUUUUUGGAUGAACCCUUUUUGCCUGCAUACCUGAGCACAUUGUUUGGACUGGCUCCUUACAUGCACCUUCUUCAGGAUUUUUAUAUGUGAAAAUUAUAUUUUAUAGAGGAAUUUUUCCCCCACAGGAAGAAGGGGAAGAGGAGGAGGAAAACUUUUACUACAUCACCAGCAUUUUUCUAACCUGAAAAAGAGAAUCUGGUUUUUUUCCCCCUUCCCCAGCCCCAUUGCUCCCAGCCACACAGCCACCUUUGGCAUGUAUUCCCUCUCUUCCAAAUGUCUCCACGGUCCCCUGGGAUGUACAGCAAGGACCAUGCUUCCCCUCCCCGUGCCACCCCCCAGGACCUGCGGAGAAGACAUGCAAGCCAUAGGAGGGAGACGCUGGGGCCACCUGCCAUGGAUGUGCUUGCCUGGGACAUUUGAAAGAGGACACCUUGGCAAGAGUCCGCAUGAUCAAGCUCUCUCCGUAUCUGCCCUUUUGGCUCCUUCAAGAACCCGCGUUGGCAGGAGCCCAAAGCCACGGGGCUUCUCCUUUCUGGAGGAGAGGAGCUGUGAGGCUGCUACUGCACCCGCCAGAGCCAACCUCCCCAAGGUGGCAGCUGCUGCUGCUCUGCUGCACCCUUCAACUUUUAACUUAAUAAAAUCUUCCCCUUUCGCUGAGAAAAA